AUGGAUUUGGAACCUGCAGAUAUCGAGGUCAGGCUUGAAUUGGACGACAAUAUGGUCGCCCGCAUAGUAACAUACCCCGUUAUUCCCUGGGUGCUGCAUUCGAUUGAAGACAACUUUGAUGAGGAUAGCAACCUUCCACCUCCUCCUACCAUCUUGCACCGCAACUAUCACCCCUCCAUCCCGCGUACAGGUGCGCGUCGAGCUCCCGCGACUACUGACACUUCUCCUUCCUCUUCGUCUACACUCAGUGUGCAAAGCGAAACACCAUCCCCGUCUCCAUCUCACGAUACACGUGAGUCGUACCUCUCCCUGUCUGAACUCAUGCUCAUCAAUCUAGGAUCCACCCUUGUCGAACAGGCUGAAGACCUCGUUCAUCGCACUACCACCAACUCUCUGACUCCCUUUGUUGAGAUGGAGUCCUCGAACCAUUCCGAAGCCUCAUCUUCUCAAUCCAUGGCUCCGCCGAGUCAGGUCGAGGACCAGCCCAACCUCCAGGCCUGGGAGUCCCACCGUCCUUCCAGCGAUCGUUUCACUAUUUACGAAGAUCCAACUCACCAAGAGCCCACUCACAGCAGCUUGCAAUUGCCUGUUGGCCCCAUUCUUCCAGAUGAAAACCAAGAGAACACCGUCCCUGCUGAUUACAUUUCCUCCGAUGAAGACAAUGAGCAGCAGACCCCAGCCAACAAUUGGGAUGAAGCAUCUGUCGGCCCUCGCGAUGCAUUCGGCCUGCCUCUGAAUCCCCCCGAGGUUUCCCCGUCUCGUGCUAAUGCCAACACCCACGUCAACUGGCCUACUCAGAACGGUAGGCAGGUACUGCGACCUAUCUGGGCCGAGGCAGAUGCCACCGAUGAUGAGAGCGUGCGGAGUAGCAUCCUGAACGAUAGCGAAGAUUUCAACGUCGAUUCGAUUGAAGUCCCUUCCCCAGGUGGCCCACGAACCAGGGUGCGCUUUACUCGCCGCGGACCCUCGCAUGAGACUGAGCUGGCUCAGCAGCCAGUCCGUCAGUUUCCCAAUGUCCGUCGUGCCCUUGACUUCCACGCAAAUGGGACUCUUGCGCACACCCCUGAGGUCGAUGAGGGGAAUGAUGCGGAUGAUGAGGGCGAGGGGGAUGGCGAAGAGGAGGAAUAA